AUGGAUGAUGUGCUUUUGGCAAAUCAAGCUUUCCCUUUGAUCCUCGAUCGUGGAUGUCAAAGCGAUGACGAAUAUUCCUCGGGAAUGCUUCGGGAGAUUACUCGUCGCGUCGACUGGGUACUUGUCGGAGGUUGCUGGACUCGAGUUUCGGUUAUUGGAACUAGCCUGUCUGAUGAGAUUCUGAGUAGAGAGAAUAAAGGCGAUCUUGACAACCGCAUAGUAAUCUUGAUGAUUCCAGGAAAUCCUGGAAAUGAGGGAUUUUACGCAGAUUUUGGACAUAAAGUUGUGAAAUGUCUGCUGUCAAGAGAAGAACGGAUGGGAGAUCGUAAGCGGCACUAUCUAUUCUACACAGUAUCCCAUUUGAAUCAUGUAGUUUUACCUCCCGAACUGAAAAACUCAGGAAAGCAUAGGCCCUAUGAUCGCUUCCAACUUGAUGCUCAAGUGCAGCAUAAACUGGACUUUGUUCGAGAACACCUUCCUAAAGCGCAGAAGGUCUAUAUACUAGGACACAGUAUCGGCUCGUAUAUGAUGCUCAAAAUCCUUCCUUACAUCAAAGAUGAUUUCAACAUCAAAAAAGCUAUCGGUCUUUUUCCUACCGUGGAGAAGAUGGCAGAAUCACCAAAUGGUUUACGUCUCAAAAGGGUGUUGGCGACCCUCGAUACAAAUGAUUGGCUUGCAAAAAGCGUUUCAUUUUGGUUAGACUGUUUACCGGUUAGCGUAAAGAAAUGGCUCGUGACGUGGAAUCUCACCGGUGACACUGUCCCUAGUGACGUCGUGUCGUCCGCUGCUGAACUUCUAAACAUGCAUGUAUUCCGAAAUAUCGUUCACAUGUCGCACGAUGAAUUGAAUAAGGUUUGCGAGUUUGACCAAACGCUUAUCGCUAACAAAGAUCUCGUCUAUUUUUACUAUGGCAAGGAGGACGGCUGGUGUCCUGAGGACAAUGGUUAUUCCAUGGAGGCUCGUCUGCCGCAAGGGCAUGUCAUUAUCGAUGAAGACGGUUGUGAACAUGCCUUUGUGAUUCGGGAUGGAGCUGUCGUUGCGGACAAAUUGCUACGGUUCAUCAACUAAACAUGGAUUAUGAACAUUGUAAAGGUCAUAACUAUCUCUUUCUGGUCUUAGGCAUCUAAUGAACGCGCUACCUCGCUUUACGCUCAGUGGUGGCUUAUUCAAAUUGUUUACUAUGCGAUAUUAUAAUUUUUUACUAGGUGCUUCCGAAAUUGCGUAGAUACGAUGAGUAAAAUAUUGUGUUAUAAUUUUUGCUCUUUAUUCGUGUUGUCCCCAGUUCAAAACUU